AUGGGAAAAGGUAGAGUUAAGGCCGUAGAGAAAAGGGUUUUAGAUCAGAAACCUAGAGGAUCGCUCAAUGUAGCCUCUGCACCGAUUUAUCAUCCCACGGAAGAGGAAUUCAAGAAUCCAUUAGAGUAUAUACACAAGAUCAAGCCAGAGGCAGAGGCUUACGGUAUCUGCAAGAUUGUUCCUCCGAGCUCCUGGAAGCCUCCUUUCGGUUUGGAUUUGGAAUCUGUUAAAUUUCCGACCAAGACGCAGGAGAUUCACCGGCUGCAGCAUCGUCCGGCGUCUUGCAACUCCAAGACGUUUCAGCUGGAGUACAAUAGGUUUCUGGAGGAGCAGUUGGGGAAGAAGCUGAAGAAGAGGCUUGUCUUCGAAGGGGAGGAGAUUGAUCUGUGUGUGCUGUUCAAUGCGGUGAAGAGGUUUGGUGGUUACGAUAAGGUGGUUAAGGGGAAGAAGUGGGGUGAGGUUUAUCAGUUUAUGAGCUCUGGAGAGAAGAUCUCGAAAUGCGCAAAGCAUGUUCUGUGCCAGCUGUACAAAGAGCAUUUGCGUGAGUUUGAGAGGAAUGCUGGAAAGAGCUGCAAGAGGAAGAUCCAUGCGGUUGAGAGGAAUCGAAAGAGGAGGAAGAGGAAUGUGGUUGAGGAGAAGGAGAAGGAAGAAGGGACUGUUGAUCAAGCUUGUGAGCAGUGUAAGAGUGGGAAGCACGGCGAUGUGAUGCUGUUGUGUGAUAGUUGUAAUAAAGGUUGGCAUAUUUACUGUCUCUCGCCGCCGUUGAAGCAUGUUCCACUUGGGAACUGGUAUUGUCUUGAGUGUUUAAACACUGAUGAAGAGACGUUUGGGUUUGUUCCUGGUAAGUGCUUGUCGCUUGAGGAUUUUAAGCGUAGUGCGGAGAGAGCGAAGAGGAAGUGGUUUGGGUCAGGGUCAGUGUCUAGGGCGCAGAUAGAGAAGAAGUUUUGGGAGAUUGUUGACGGGUCAGCUGGUGAGGUUGAGGUUAUGUAUGGUAAUGACUUGGACACGUCUGUUUAUGGGAGUGGCUUUCCUAGGUUAGGUGAUCAGAGACCGGACUCAGUUGAGGCAAAUGUGUGGGAUGAGUAUUGUGGUAGUCCAUGGAAUCUGAAUAACUUGCCUAAGGUGAAAGGAUCUAUGCUUCAGGCUAUUCGGCAUAACAUUAAUGGUGUUACAGUGCCUUGGUUGUAUCUUGGGAUGCUCUUCUCUUCUUUUUGUUGGCAUUUUGAGGACCAUUGUUUUUACUCUGUCAAUUAUCUACACUGGGGAGAAGCAAAAUGUUGGUAUGGUGUUCCAGGCAGUGCUGCUAGUGCAUUUGAAAAGGUGAUGAGGAAAACCCUUCCUGAUCUCUUUGAUGCUCAGCCUGAUUUGCUAUUUCAACUGGUGACCAUGUUGAGUCCCACUGUUUUACAAGAAAAUAAAGUCCCGGUCUACACAGUAUUACAGGAGCCUGGAAACUUCGUGAUCACAUUUCCAAAAUCCUUCCAUGCUGGAUUCAAUUUUGGUUUAAAUUGUGCAGAGGCGGUCAAUUUCGCCACUGCUGAUUGGCUACCUCAUGGUGGUUCUGGGGCGGAGCUGUAUCGGCUGUACCGGAAACCUGCGGUCAUAUCUCAUGAAGAGCUUCUUUGUGUGGUAGCUAAGGGAAACUGCUAUGAUAGCGAAGGGUCCAUACAUUUGAAGAAAGAAUUGCUCAGAGUAUACAGCAAGGAAAAAACCUGGAGAGAGCAGCUCUGGAAAAGUGGUAUUUUGAGAUCUUCUCCUAUGUUUCUGCCUGAAUGCCCUGAUUCUGUGGGCAUCGAAGAGGAUCCAACAUGCAUCAUCUGCCAGCAGUUUCUUCAUCUUUCUGCCAUCGUCUGCAAUUGCAGGCCCUCUGUUUUUGCAUGCUUGGAGCACUGGAAGCACCUUUGUGAAUGUGAGCCUACAAAGUUGCGUCUUGUAUAUCGUCAUACCCUUGCCGAGUUGCAUGUGAUGGUACAAGAUGUUGAAAACUCACAACGGCCGAGUUCAGGCACCAAACGAUCAGCUGCUUCCAACAAAAAGGAGGGAAUGCAAGUUAGUCAGGCAAGACCUGCAAAAGAUUGGCUUCUUCGAGCAUCGAAGGUUCUCCAUGAAGUCUAUUCUAGUGAUGAAUAUGCCACCCUUUUGAAGGAAGCAGAACAGUUUCUUUGGGGUGGAUCAGAAAUGGACCAUGUACGAGAUGUUGCAAAAAGUUUAAUCGAAGCAAAGGUAUGGGCUGAAGCUGUUAGCGACUGUCUUUCGAAAGUCGAAGGUGAAGCCAACAAUGAUUCAGAGAAAGUUCAGUUGGAGUUUAUUGAUGAGUUGCUGAGAGUUGACCCCGUUCCUUGCCUUCAGCCUGGUCAUCUUAAAUUAAAGGACUAUGCUGAAGCGGCCAGAGAAUUGUCUGAUAAAGUUGAUUCUUCUCUGUCAAGUAGCCCAACUAUCACCGAGCUGGAGCUAUUGCAUUUCGAAGUCUCAAGUUCACCAAUCUCCCUUACAAAAUAUGAGAUUUUGUCAGAGAAAUUAUCUUCCGCAAAGAUGUUAGCUGAAACGGCGAGAUUCUAUCUCGCGGAUACAAAACCUCCAGGAGUUGAACUGGAUGCUCUUUCCAAGCUAAAGUCAGAGAUAUUGGAGCUUCAGGUGCAACUUCCAGAGACAGAAGGGAUCCUGGAUUUGCUAAAGAAAUCGGAAUCAGCCCGUGAUAAAUGUAACAUAGUUCUGAGUGGAUCUAUAACUCUCGAGAAUGUGGAAGAGCUGCUUCAUGAAUUCAAUAGUAUCAGCGUUAACAUUCCUGAGUUGAACACCCUGAGGCAGUACCAUGUUGACACUUUGUCUUGGCUUUCACGCUUUAAUGACGUAAUGGUUGAUGUUCGUGAAGGCAAGGACCAACGAAAGCUAAUCAGUGAUCUGAGUUCCCUUCUACAUGAUGGAUCAUCCUUAGGCAUUCAAGUUGAAGGACUGCCACUUGUUGAGGUUGAAUUGAAGAAGGCAUCGUGCCGGGAAAAAGCUGGAACGGUUUAUGCUGCACGAAAGUCUCUGGAGUUCAUUGAGCAGCUGCUCUCGGAAGCUGUUGUACUACACAUUGAGGAGGAGAAGUUGUUUGCUGAGAUCUCUGAAAUUUUGUCAACCGCGAGGUGUUGGGAGGAAAGAGCGAGCAGUAUCCUUGCUGGUGAAACUCAGUUGUACGACCUUAAAGAUCUCGUGAGGAUGUCAGUCAACAUGGAUGCUGUUUUGCCCUCUCUGAAGGGCAUUGAAAACACAAUUUCUUCAGCUGAAUCCUGGCUUCAGAGAUCUGAGCCGUUUUUAUCUGUAGCUUCAUCUACGGCAUCGUCUUCGUGUUCUCUCCUUGAACUUCAUGUGUUAAAGGAUCUAGUUUCUCAGUCUAAAUCGCUCAGUGUUCAGCUACAAGAGCCAAGUAUUCUUGAAACAUUGUUGCUAAACUGCGAGAGGUGGCAGUGUGAUAAUCAUCAGCUCUUGCAAGAGACUGAAGAUUUGUUGGACUGUGCGAAAAUAGAUGAUGGCAUGGAUAUAACGAUCGUUUCGAAGAUUACGGAUUUGAUAACCAGAGUGGACUCCGCUAGAGAAUCUGGUCUGUCCCUUGGUCUCAAUUUUGAUGAACUUCCCAAACUUCAAACUGCAAGUUUAACACUAGGAUGGUGUUGUAAGACCAUCUCGUUAAGCUCUAGCUCACUUUCCUCUGAGUUGCUAGAAGAUGUAGGGAAGCCCUCGUUACAGAAUAUUCAGCAGCUCUUAAAAGAGGGACAAACACUGAAGAUAAACCCUGAAGAGUAUUACUUAGGCAAGAGACUUGUGGAGCUACAAGACACUGGACUAGAGUGGGCAAAACGAGCUAGAAAAGUGGUGACAGACUCUGGCGCUCUUGCCUUGGAAGAUGUCUUCGAGCUUAUAUCCGAGGGUGAAAAUUUGCCUGUCCAUGCAGAGGAAGAACUUCAGGCCUUACGAGCUCGAAGUAUGUUACACUGUGUUUGUCGAAAGCCAUACAACUCAAGAUCCAUGGUUUCUUGUAGUCAGUGUGGCGAAUGGUAUCACACCUAUUGUGUUAAGCUUCAUUGGAAACCUAAGGCUUAUGUCUGCUCCGCUUGCUGUCCAGUUGCGGAAUCCAGUCCACAGAUUGAUCCCGCCAGGUCAAUGGAGCCAAAGACACCAUCACUGAACCAUAGACGGACAAGAAAGGUAGCGACCGAUGCAGAGAUCAAGGAUUUACGGUGGCAAAACCGAAAACGUGUCAAACGGACGGCUAAACGGAGUCCUCAGGUUCACAUUCUUCCCUGGUUUUUCACUUGA